AGGUGGGCUGGUGUCAGAGGUGGCAGCUCCGUUUAUAGUGACUCUGAGGAUUCCCAACAGAGGAAGGCUAAUGGUCGACGACCGCAGAGCCGUGUCUAUCAAGAACACACCAUAUAAGGUGGGGGACCCUGCGUUUGAGUUCAUAAUUCGGCCGUACAAGGACACAAAGGUCACCUUUGAGUCUCACAAGUUCCUCAAGUCGUUUCUGACCGUGGACCAGAAUGCUCACCUCUUGGUGCAAGAGAUGCCACCAGACUUCAGCGAUGUCCACUUUAUAGUACGAAUACAGAGGUUUGUUGGACCUUACACCACACAAAUCUUGUGCCCUCAUCGGAGACCUUCCAUUGUCAACCAGCUGAAGGACAGGAGUGUUGUUCAGUUGUACUCCAAGGCUACUGGCAUCUACCUCGGUCUGAGGGUCAAUGGAGAUGUAGUGGGAACGACAAACGCUGACAACGACAAGACUUUCAUGGUGUACUGUGAUCGAGGUCUGGGCAGAGUCUCGCUGCAGAGCUAUGCUCCUCCCCUCCUCAAACUCAAGAUGAGGUUUAACGGAAACCUCAUCUGCCAGGGAGAGGAGAAUUUGGACAAUGAUUUCUAUCUGAAGGAGUCACCAGAUGGCACGGUUCUGUUUGAGAGUGUCCCCAACAAGGGGCGGUACGUUCAGGUCACCGUGAAAAACAAGAAGAGCGUCACCAUCAUCAGAAACUUCUCCAUCGUUCUACUGGUGUUUGGGAAGGAGAGGGGGAGGACUGCUACAGUCACAAAGUAUGUAUUGAACUGAUUAUGUAACGAUACACAACUGCAUGCAUUAGAAUAUUGGACUUGAACAAAUUGUUUAGUACAUCUCAUACAACAAGAGUUGUGGAAUUUAUAAGAACUAAUAACAAACACAUUUGCUAUGUAUAAUAAUAAAGAAGUAUGAAUCAAACCGUUUCUAUCUACUUUCUUUUCAAGCGUUCCACUUCGAGCUUUAGUUGGAGGUUCUCAUCAGCCAACUCCUUUCUGAAUAGCUCUUCGCCUUUGAGUUCGUGUCUGAGACCCCUCAUCUCUUUCUCAAUGUUGGACACUGUCUCUUGAAGCUCGUUGCAUUUCUUGUUGGCCUCCUCCAGCUCUCUGUUGGCCUCGGAGAGACUAGACCGGGCUAUUUCCAGACUCUUUCUAGCCUUCUCCAGCUGGGAUUUCAGCUCUGCUGCCGCCUUACCGUCAUCUGCAGACUUUGCCUCCACCUUCCUCAGUUCCGCUUGACUCUGUUCACUCCCCCGCUCAGUUAUGGUAGUGCAGUACUGCAGACCUAAAGGGCCAGUUGAACACAUGUUUUUGCUGGGAACUGAUAAGAUGUCUUUCACUGUGUACAUAGUCCUCUGACAGACUAAGAAUACUGGCUGUUAGUGGGCAAGGGAGGAAUGCA